UAAGAUACUUGAGUAGAAGCUCGAAUUGAACAUAAUACGUUGAAAUUGAAAAUUACGUUCAUUGUUCAAACACAGUAUUAGUUGAUUUUCAACAGGGAACGGUAGAAAUAUUCGUGUGUUGUGUUCUUGUGUUUGUUCAAUUUUGUUUUUGUUUCUUAUUAUUUCGUUUACUAUUCAUAAACAAAUAUAUAUUGUUUCCGGAUUUCCGGUGGAUCGCUACCCGCUACAUCGCCAGUAAAAAUUUGUGUACCCACCUGAACUCUUUUUCAGAUGCAUAUCACCGAAGACAUUUUAUGUAGAAUUUUAAACAACGAUAAGCCUUCGAAGAUAUCAAUUCUGAACUGGUACGUUAAAAAUGACAUCAUCGACGUUGGAGAUUCACAUACAUCGGAGCUAUCUCGUCUUCACGUUACAUACCAGAAAAGAAAUCGAAUAUUUAACCGAACGUUUGUCCUCAAAGAACCAUCUGCUCAUCCGCUAUACAAAGCUGGACUCAAUUACGGAAUUUACUCCAGAGAAUGCCUAGUUUAUACGCAUGUUUUGGAAGAGAUGUAUCAAUUAGACGGAGAUCGUAUGAGUCCCAAACUAUAUUACGCCGAUAACAAAGACUCGCUUUUGUUGAAAGAUUUAUCACUAGCUGGUUAUAAACUAGAAGACCGCACCAAGCAAUUAGAUUUCGAUCAGUGUACCUUGGCUUUGAAAACAUUGGCGAAAUUUCACGCUUUAUCGAUUAAACUGAAACAGUCAUCGAAGAUACCGUCGGAAAUGGAACAAUUGACAUGGAUGAAGCGAUUACGUGAUCCUGAAGAUAUGGUAUAUACUUUAAUAAAUAACGCUGCCGAUCAAUUUUUCAUCAAUAUGGACCCCCAUAUAACCGAACAAUUUCCUUCGAUGAAGAAUACUGCAAUGACGUGUUAUCGAGAAGUUCCCCAUGAGAAUUUUUCUUUCUGCGUUUUAAAUCACGGCGAUUUUUGGAACGGUAAUAUCAUGUUCAAAUCUGAUAAGUACGGUAAUGUUAAAAAAGUCAAGUUUGUCGACUUUCAGCAGUGCUUAUGGACAUCUCCGGCCUAUGAUAUACUUUCAUUCGUUCUUUGUAGUAUGCAAUUUGACGUUUAUUUGAAUCACUUCGAUAUUUUACUCAAUACUUACGUGACUACGUUGAACAAAAUACUGAAAUAUUUAAGAUGCGAUCGAUGUGAGAAGGAGACCAUCAGGAAUGAUAUGAAGAAAAUGGCUGGGUUUGGAAUGAUGGUCUUGUUAUGUCUUUUACCCGAAUUCAUAAGUUCCAGAGAAGACCCAUUGGAUUAUAGGCUGGUUCCUAUCGGUGAAAAAAAUGUAAAUUUUGAUGCGUUGAAUAAGAUAUACGCUAAUGAAGUCUACCUAGAGAAAUUGAAGAAGUGGUUGCAGCGUUAUAUCGAAAAGGGGUAUUUCUGAAGGAAGAAUAACUCAACGGAAUACCUGCAGUUUUUCAAUUUUAUAAGGUUGCUCGUAUCAUAUACCGAUUUGAGCCUGAGUAAAAAUCAUCGAUGAAAAAUUACCAAGAUCGACCUGUUUUUAUUUUGGUUAAUUAUUAAAAAUAUUUUUGCAUCGUACUUCUACUUACCUAGUUAUUUAUAAACACAAUUUAUUUGUAAUAAUUGUACUAAUCCUGUGUCGGUGAUAACAUUUAUCGUUAUAUUCUUUAUUUCUUUCCUAUAAUCUUAUCUCAAUUAAUGAAAACAACUCGAAAUUUCAUUCAUUUGAAUCCUCUGUGCUGAUAAGAUGAUAAUAAGUAAGUGUUUAACUAAUUCUUGAAUAAAUACCCAGGUAGUGGUGCUAAAAGAAGAAUUAGCAACAACUAGUA